GACAGCCUGACCUUUGAGCCUCACACCUGGCCUCUGCAGUCAUCCUUCGUCAUCUUCGCCUGCAAUACGCUGCCACUUUCACACGCAGAGACGAAUACGACUCUGCACAUAUCGCAAUCUCUUGAUCUUUUAGUGAGAUCAUCAACAUGACAUCCCACAACCAACCCAUGCCGCCACCGAUUCGAACAAACACUGUCGAUUCACAAAAGUCACAGUCGUCGUCGGGUCAAAUAUCUCCACCCUAUUCUCCAGCAUCACCAACGGCCCGCGCAACUGCUUCGCCUACCGAAACGUCUUUCUUCGGCGCCAUUUCAGCACGUAUCCGUGGUCGCUCACGUAGUCGCUCUCGUGGAGCCACAUCUCGCAAACGCUCCAAGUCGCCCAUGGUCAUGCCACCCGAGCAAGCACCUUACUCACAAAGACAUGCUUCCGCUACAAGCCCCAUCAGCCCGACAAGACCAACCGCAGGACCGGUACAAAGUGACAGACCUAGCAUACAGGCUGCAGGUCGGCGAAGCACAAGCGGAAGCGAUCCAUGGAAGGGACGGCAUUCGAACGACUGGCUGUUCAACGGGUACUCGCUGACUGCUUCGGCAAAAGAGCUGGUUCAACGACGGAAGUAAGCAGUAUGGGUGGCUGGUAGUACUGCUGGCGGUACCACGCUCGCUAGCGAGUGUCUGGCAGCGUUUGACGAACGCUACGAAGAACGAUGAUGAUAUGGCUGAACGAAUUCAUUUCGAGGUUAUUGGGUUUACUGGGGAGGCGAGCAGGGCAACUGAGUAGUUCGCGGCGUUGUUGUCGCUAUAUCCAAUCGCAU